GUGUGUGUCUAGAAAAGCUCUGUUGCUGUCUUCGUUCCUUCACCCACAGAGAGAUCAAUCCGAGCUUGAUUGAUUUCUUAUGGAGGACUGUGAGAUCUGCAUCAGCUAUAAAGAGCAUUGCUACUGGAAGCAUCAGGGUCUGAAGGGAAAGCAGUUUUACGAGGUUAUGGAGGGUGAUUUCUCUCAGCAAAUGAAAAUACCGAAGAAAUUCUCUGAUCAUUUCAAAAGCGAACUUUCUCAAAAUGUUAUUCUGAGGAGUCCCAGUGGAACAAUUUGGUCUGUUGAAUUGGCAAAAACUUCAGACGAGAUUUCAUUCCAAGUUGGAUGGGAUGAAUUUGUCAAAGACAACCAUAUACAGGAGGGAGACUUUGUGAUUUUCAAAUAUAAUGGAAAUUCCUGCUUUAAGUUUUCAAUUUUCAAAAGAGAUCACUGUGAGAGAGCAUCUUCAUCUGUGCUUAAGAAAGGAAAUUUGGAGACGGGACGAAAGAGUGAUGAUUCUGUAGAAUAUUUGGAUAUAAAAUCUCAUAAUGAAGUGAUGGUUAUCUCUAGUGACAAUUCCCGACCAUCAUCUUCAUUUUCUGGACAAAAUUGUAGAGCUCCAAGAAAUUACCAGAGGGCCGGAGUAAGUUACAACCAGAAAAUUACCAGAAGCAACUCUACUCAUCAAAAAAAGAAUCUUGGCCAAUCUUGCAGAAUGAAAUACAUUAAACAAGAAUCUGACGAUAUUAUCUCUCGGGAGAUGUUUUCCCGCCGAAACAUUUAUUUUCCACGCAAAAGACUGUCUGGUGCAGAUGAAAAUAAGGCAUUGAUGUUAGCGAAAUCAGUUCAAUCAAGAAAUCCUUGUUUUGUAUCAGUUAUGCAUCCAUACAGUGUCCUUGGCUCUGGAAAAACUUUUAUAAUUCCAUCUAGCUUUGCAGCGAAUCAUCUUCCUCGUCGAAGCAUGCAAGUUUCUCUUGGCAUCCCAGGUCACAGGAAGAAAUGGCAAGUAAGUUACAUUGUCGGAAAUUCUACUUCAUGGUUUGGUGGAAAAUGGAAUACUUUCGCCCAUGACAGCCGCUUGCAGAAUGGAGAUGUUUGCCUCUUUGAGCUUGUCAAGAAACGUGGAAAUUUUACGAUGGAAGUUCACAUUGCUCGGGCUGCAUCCAGCUCUAUUUGUUGAAAGAAUCAGGCGCUGCAAGUAUCGUGAAGUAGACUUUUGUUGAGAACAUAUCUGCUGAUAGGACUCAUAGCUAGCGUGAUGGUGAAUAGUUUGCAUGUAAUAUAUACAAGUCCUUAUGUGCGUCGAUGGAUGUUUUAAACUGUACUCUAAAGCCAAAUUUUGUUGUUUCUGGAUCUGGCUUGGAGAUCCACAUACGGUAGGCUGAGCAUUUGCUUAGUAUCUGCAGCUUGAGCUCAUAUCUAGUUGUAUGGGAAUAUUUUGCUCUAGACCUUUGCAACUCCUUUGUUAUCUAAAAAUGGUAAAAUUAGAAGUACUAAAAUUAUGAUUAGGAUA